AUGACAUCUGAUAUAGUUAACAUUACUGAACUGAGUAUACCGCAGCUUCAGGAGCUUGCAAGACAGUUGGAGCAAAAAAUGCAAUUCAUAUCUGCAUCAAUACAGCAAUUGAAAUCUCUCCAGACACAAUUUAUUUCCUCGAAGAAUUGUCUCAGCGAACUGACUCCAGAGAGACAAAGUAGUGAUAUCCUUGUUCCUCUUACUUCGACUUUAUGUGUACCUGGCAGGCUUUCUGAUACUUCACACGUACUGGUAGAUAUUGGCACUGGUUAUUAUGUUGAGAUGUUUCGGAGGCAGAGAGUCAUUUCAAUCGUAGGAUAG